CGAAAACCACCGAUACAGUGUUACUCACCGGCCUAAAGUCACGCCUCGAGUCCUACGCAGUUCCUCACCGCGGCGCCGAAGGUGAGCUCAGACCACGAUCGAGAUGGCGGAAACGAUAGAACCGGCGAACCCAUCGGGUGAACCGCCCAACCCGGCUCCUGAACCGGCCGAAUUACCGCCAAUCGAGACUGUUGAGUCCACUGAAGACCAUGCGCUUCCGCCCAUCGACACGUCUCUGCCUUCGAUUGAUUCUACGGGAAUGGAUGACCCGCUACACAGCCUGGACCACUCCCUGCCUCCAAUAGAUCCGACGAUACCAUCUUUGCCGCCGAUUGACACCUCUCUCCCACCACUGGACACUACGCUACCGGCUACGGAUGGUCAUUUAGACGACGAGGAUCCGGACUUUUCGUUCCCAGACACGCACCUUGAAGGCCAUGCGUCGGAGGCGAAUUCUGCGCCAGGGACAAGCUACGACUUCACCGAACAUUCAGGACAAUCGUCGACUCCGGCUCCUACAUAUCAGUCUCCUGCCAAUGGUACGCAGCUGCAACAGCCCGAUCAGUCCCAGUCGCAAGCGUUGCAACAGCUGCAGCAGUCGUCACCGCAAGCCCAGACACCUUAUCAUCAGCAGUAUGCGCAACCACAGCAGCAUUCGCCAUCACAGCAUUCUGCGUCCAUGCAGCAACAUGGCACAAUGCACCAGCAUCAGCAGGGGCAGUCACAGUCGGUCCAUGCGUCCCCGCAACCCCAGCAGCAGCAGCAAUACCAGCCUCAGCAGCAUCAACAGAGUCCGGAUAUAUAUCACAAUCAUCAGUCUCAUUCUACGUCGAUGAGUGGGUCCUCGAUGCAGACGAUGGAUCACCAGGGCCAGUCGUCGCAAAUCCCCCAAGCUCCGAUCGGCUCGCCGAUGCCCUCGAACAUGCCGCCGAUGGCGUCGGUCGGCCAGUAUAUGACGGGUUAUCCCACCAAUGUAUCGCAAAUGGGGAUGAACACGAACGCGCAGAUGCGCUACCAGCUUCCUGGGGAUCCGAACAAGAUGCUUUCUGGGGGGCGGCACAAGAAGGAAGUCAAACGGCGGACGAAGACGGGAUGCUUGACGUGUCGGAAGCGACGAAUUAAGUGUGACGAAGGGCAUCCUGUCUGCCGCAACUGCGUCAAGAGCAAGCGUGAGUGCCUAGGGUACGACCCGGUGUUUAAACAGCAACCCACCCCGUCGGCCAUCCAGCCUGCCCCGAAUCCGCACCCCUCGCUGGUGGUCAACCCCCAGGAUCCGUCUACGUCCUAUCCCGCGGCCCCUCCGGGCUACAUGCCAGCAGCUUCUCAGCCCUUCGCCCCGUCCGAAUCGCCCGCCCCGCCCAGUGAACGGUACGACUACAACACCACCAUUGAUCCCUCGCUAGACGUCAACAACUCGUCGAACAUGGCUAGCAUACAACAUGCCGUCGAGGGGGGGUUGCAGCCAACGGUCAACCCGGUCAUGACGAACAACAGUGCUACUCCGCCAGAGCCAAUCAACAGUCGAGUGAAACAAGUGCAUAUCAGCGAUCUCCUUGCGCUCCGCGGCAUUCAUCCUCCACCCCCUCAUCCGAUCACGUCCCUCCCGCCUAAUCGCCUGGAAGAGAUCCAGGCCGUGUUCCUGGCAACUUAUGCGCCCGCGAUUGACAAGUUCUUUGAGACCCGGUGGUUCCAGGAGAAGGCUUUGACCCAUCUGCUGGCAAACGCGCAACUGAUGGCCGACUAUUCCGCGUUGAUCGAUGCGUUCAACGAUCCCAACCUUAACGACCCCAAUGUGCUCGCCCGGCUGGAGAGCUUCGAGGCGUCCGUGGUCUGGAGCUCCAUGACCUUGUGCCGCCACGUGAUGAAUGUGUCCACUGGUACACAGCCGGAAUACGACUUGGUGGUUGCUGCCAAGCGACUGGAUGUUGUCGAGGCGAUGAUCACUGGGGAAUAUCUAGAAAUAAAUCCUCUGGCGCAGUUCCCGAACCGCGAGCCGGCGGCCAACCCUCCCACUCUCCCAGACCAGUUGACGCAACGAUCCCUGGAUUUCUGGAGCGCCAUCGGGCACUUUUUAACGCUCCAUGACAACGAAGCCAGCUCUGCCAAAGAGAUUGACGAUACCCUGGCUCGGUGCCGCACCUUGCUGGACACGUUCGAGAACCGCGACGUAACAUACUCGAUUGCGAUCGCGCGCCAUCUAGGACAGCGAUGGGCCGACUUUCCGCGCAGCUUUCCCCAACCCAUCCCGACGAAUGAAAAGGACUCGGGAGCCAAGCUCUACGUGGCGCAGAAAUUUCUCGAGCAGGAAGCCGGGGGAAAGGGCACCACGCAGGUGAUCAAGCGCAUGUGCGGCAUGGUCGUACGGUCCUGGAUCGUAUCCCGGGAGUAGCUGGUCUGGUACUGCCUGCACUGCUCCGAUGAUAUUUCUUUGCGACCUGUAAUAUGAAAAGCGAAUUGGCGAUUACCCUUUGGCGGUGUUUAACUAGACCUGUU